UGCACUGAGGAGUUGAGGAUGUCAUUCAGUACGGGGAAGUCUUUUCUCCAAUGAACACGUGAUAGGUGCCGAGCACAGCCGACGUCUGUGACGAAAUGCACUAAGACGAAGUUGACUGACACUUUACGUAUUUUAAAAGACGCGGGUGAUUUAAACAAAAACGUUUCUAGGAUUAUGAUCGUUGAAAAGCGAAGUUAGUGGGCCGGUUCCAGUGACUCGAAAUGGUUUCACAGGUGGAAUUGUUGCGAUCCUAAAAAGACUGUUGGACUGAUUAGUGAUGUUUGCAUCUAUUGAGUGCGGCAGGUGCUAGAUGAGACUGCAUGUGCACGACAAUGCAAAGGACUUAGCCAAGCGAAAAAGAGUUGUUGCGGAGGAUAAGUGAGUUCAGUUCAGUCCAAGUACGCGGAACUUUUCCAAACUGGCUGAACUGGAAAAAAGACUGGUCAUGAUGCAGCCCACAACGGCUGCCAACGUUCCUCCAAACGGUGGUGAAAUGAAUCUGGAGGAAAUGCAAAAUAUGGAAUGGCUCUUCAGAAAGGAGCGGAUUUAUUUGUUGGCGCAGUUUUGGCAACAGAGGGCAACAUUGGCGGAAAAAGAAGUGACAACUUUAAAGGAACAAUUGUCUGGCAGCAAUGGCAAGACCAAUUGCGAAAACAAAGACACCUCGAACAUGGACAGGCAAAGCUUUGAGUCCGAAAUCGCUACCAAAGACAAAGAAAUUAAUCAUCUAUUGGAAGAAGUGCAAAGACUGCAGGGCUGUAUUAGUAAAAUUCAAGAGUCGUCCAUUGCUCGAAUUACGCUUCUAGAGGAGCAACUAGAACAAAAAAGACUACACAUAGUAAGAUUAGAAAGUAAGUUGGACUUGUACAAAGACUACGACGAACUGAAAAGGCAAGUCACCAUCCUCAAGUCUGAUCUGGUGAACAAUCCGCAAGGCAAAGACAUCGAGCUGCUGUUAGAAAAGACGAAGAUUCAGGUUCCGGAGCUGAGAGACAAAAGCCCAUCGAGGGAGAGUGAAGGGGUGACGGAACAUCAAUCAACACUCCAGCCCCCCACCCUGCCCAUCACACCCCCCAACACCCUUCCGCAUCCCUUUCAAAACGUAGACGCCUUCGGGAGUCUGUUGGGUGAGGAGAUCGUGUCCUCGUGGCGAAAAACGAUUGAAUCGCAUCAAAAAUCACCCGCUUUACCUUCUUCAGAUGGUCUGGUGAAGAGCACCACUCCUCUACUGGAGAACAAUGCGGAGAAGAGCAGCACCGCCUCCACGCCCCAGCCCUUGGACACAACGGGCCAGCACAGUCCUCAUGAAAAUCUGGUGAAUGGCAACCCGAAGAGUCCGCACGAGGACAACAACAAUCAUAACAAUCACAACAAUAACAUUCCGCUGGCGGCCACUUUUGUGAACAACUUUUUGAGGUCGGACGAUUCCCUCAAAAGUCCGUAUCGAUUCGACGAGCAUCGGUCGCAGUUUAAAUUCGCCGAAGAUUUGGGAAUGGCACCCGGAUCGAUGGUGGGUCGAUUGGGGGAGAGUUUGAUCCCCAAAGGGGAUCCCAUGGAGGCCCGGCUGCAGGAGAUGCUGCGAUACAAUAUGGACAAAUAUGCUUCGCAGAAUCUGGAUACUCUUCAUAUAGCCCGAAGGGUGCGAGAACUGUUGUCGAUCCACAACAUAGGCCAAAGACUGUUUGCCAAAUACGUCCUGGGGCUUUCGCAGGGAACAGUUUCGGAACUUCUGUCGAAGCCCAAGCCCUGGGAUAAGUUGACGGAAAAGGGCCGAGACAGCUACAGAAAAAUGCAUGCUUGGGCCUGCGAUGAAAAUGCCAUUAUGCUGCUGAAGAGCUUGAUACCAAAGAAAGAUAAUUUUUCAUCCUCAGGAAAAGACGGAUCCAUCCCGUUCGGCCGACCCGAAUCGGACUUUAACGAAGAACGACUAGCUCACAUUCUGACCGAAAGCAAUCCAUUCGCUCAAAUCAAAACUGAAUCAGACACUCACAGCAAUGAGGACUCAAAGUCGCCUCACGGCUGCAGCAGUCCCUUCUCCAAGGACUCCUCAUUGAACAAAAGGCUGAAGAAGUACGAAAACGACGACAUCUCACAGGAGAAAGUUGUGCGGAUUUACCAAGAGGAGUUGGCCAAGCUGAUGGGACGCCGAAUGGAGGACAUGCGGUCUCCCAGAGAAGGAUUUCCAGCGGGUAUUUUCCUGCCUCAAUUCUUUAGCAGCAACCCGAUGGACCGAUCGGACGAGAUCAGAAUGGCGUUGGAUGCUUAUCAUCGGGAAAUUGCCAAAUUGAACCAAAAUCAAGCGCCAGGUCAAAUCCCGUUAGGGCUUCUGGCGCUCCAACAGCAAGCGCUGGCGCAACAUCAGCAGAACCAGCAGCAAAAUCAACAUUCCCUGCAAGGAGGGACAGGAUGUCAACCAAUGGGGCAGCAGGUCUUUCAGAGCUCAAACGGAGGCGUUCAAGAUCUAUCGCUGCCAAAGGACAAAAUGAAGCUGAUGAACGGGCUGGAUGACAUGAAGGAAAAAGACGAAGACUCCAUGUCCAGACACUCUGGAAGCGCUUUUAGCCUAGUAAGACCGAAGCUGGAGCCGGGAACUGGAGCGAGUGGAAACAGCACUGCUUCCAGUCCCUUGGGAAAUGCCAUUUUGCCUCCCAUGACGCCCACCAGCGAAGAUUUCACUGCAUCGUCGGCAGCUUCGCCCUUACAAAGAAUGGCAUCGAUCACCAACUCUUUGAUCUCGCAACCGCCGAGCCAACCGCACCACACCAGCUCUCAACGUCCUCUCAAAGCCGUCUUACCUCCUAUAACUCAACAACAAUUCGAUCUCUACAAUAAUUUAAACACCGAAGAUAUUGUCAAAAAAGUCAAAGAACAACUUAGCCAGUAUUCGAUAUCUCAGCGUCUCUUUGGAGAAAGCGUAUUAGGCCUCAGUCAGGGUUCAGUAAGCGACUUGUUGGCAAGACCGAAACCGUGGCAUAUGCUUACGCAAAAAGGCCGCGAGCCGUUUAUAAGAAUGAAGAUGUUUUUAGAGGAUGGUGAUGCAGUUCAUAAGUUGGUAGCCAGCCAAUAUAAAAUUGCACCUGAAAAAUUGAUGCGGACAGGUGGAUAUGGCAACGCCUGCGCGACACCUCUGUCGAAGCCAAAUCUUCCAGCAAAUCAAAAAAUUCUCUCGGAGGCCGCGGGCUUAUUAAGCAAGAUCCAACAGGACUCGCAAAAUGCUCUUCUCCCAGCGUCCCUCCAACUAGGACCUCCUCAGGUGGUUCAACCUCAACCCACUCCUUUAGGCCCACCCAGCGCCGCUCAAAUGCCACAAGCUCAAUUGCUAAAUCACCUCGGUCUUCCUCCACACCAUGCCAUCGCUUUACAGAACCAGGAGCUGUUGAAGAAGCAGCAAAGUAUGCAAGCAGGUCAUGGAAUUCCCACACAUUCCCCCAUGAGCCAUCAAAGCAUGCGCAACAUGCACCAGCACAUGAGCCCCAGCGUGUAUGAGAUGGCAGCCUUAACUCAAGACCUGGACACUCAAGUGAUCACCACCAAAAUUAAGGAAGCUCUGCUGGCGAACAAUAUUGGACAAAAGAUAUUUGGCGAAGCCGUUCUAGGCCUGAGUCAAGGCUCAGUUAGUGAACUGUUGUCCAAGCCUAAGCCUUGGCACAUGUUGUCGAUCAAGGGCAGGGAGCCGUUCAUUCGGAUGCAAUUAUGGCUGCAAGACACUCACAAUGUCGACAGAUUGCAGGCUUUGAAAAACGAACGGCGUGAGGCGAAUAAGAGACGACGCAGCUCAGGUCCUGGCCACGAUAAUUCCAGCGACACGUCCAGCAAUGAUACCUCAGAGUUCUACCAUUCGAAUAGUCCAGGCCCGCAAGGGCCCACCAGUGCCAAAAAACAACGCGUACUCUUCAGUGAGGAGCAAAAAGAGGCUCUUCGUCUAGCCUUUGCUUUGGAUCCGUACCCAAACGUGGCUACCAUCGAGUUUUUAGCUCAGGAGCUGAGCUUGAGUAGCAGAACGAUUACCAACUGGUUCCACAAUCACCGCAUGAGACUGAAACAACAAGUACCACACGCCAUACCCUCAGACAUUCCUCCCCGCGAUCAGAACUCUUCGCAGCAACCUUUUGAUCCUGUACAAUUCAGAAUGCUUUUAAACCAAAGACUUAUGGAACUGAGCAAGGAGCGGAUGGGAUUGGCUGGCGUGCCACUGCCUUACCCUCCAUACCUUGCGGCCAAUACCAGCCUGGCGGCGCUCAUUUCCAGAGGGUUGCUACCAACUGGAGACCUUGGGGAUUUAUCAGCACUAAACAAUGCCGUGAAGGAACAAAUGAGUGGGCUUGAUCUCAGUAUGACUUCCCUUAAACGCGAACCGAACGAGUUUGAGGACGAAGACGAUGUUGAAUCGAAUGUCGGUUCGGAAGACUCGAAUAACUCCGGUAGCUUACAAGAGGACGCGAAGAAUGACGUUGGCAAGGAAACUAGCAUAUCUAGUACAAAUCAAAAUCAGGGAAGAUCUUCCAGGAGGAAACCAGCUGCUCCAAUGUGGGUGAAUCCGCAUUGGGAAGAGGAGAAAAACUCGCACACCCAAGAAAAAGGCCAAAGCAAUCAAGAUGAAGUCAUUAUCAAUGGGGUCUGUGUGAUGCAAACAGACGACAAUUAUGCCCCUCGGCGAGCCUCAGCUGAAGAAACUGUGCGAGUGGAACCGCAAGCGGUUUUGGACCGAUAUGAAGAUGACCGAAGUGAUACGAGCAGUGUGAGCCAUGAAGAACAUCCGGUUCAAUCGCAUGAGAGUGAGCGGCUCAAUAGACUCAAUGCUGAACCACCGGAACGUGAAAGUCAUAUCAAUGAUAUCAAUGAACCCGAAAGAGAAAAUAACAGUGAACGUAAAGAAGUUAAAACCGAAGUUGAAGAUGAAAGAUGGGAGUAUUGAGCUGAAUGGUGAGAAUUAGAUGAGGAUAGAUAAAUGUGAUUUUGUUGGCCUAUAAGUAGAUUAGGCCGAAACCAAACGUGUAGAUACGUCCCAGGGGAUGGUCUAUAAAAUAAACCAAAAAAAAAAUGAAUGUGUAUAGAAGUUUUGUAAAAUAAACCAAAACCGUGUAUAUAUGACAGAGCAAGAUAAGAGCUGAAUUUAAAAGAAAAGACCCCGAUGGCUAUGAAGUAUUAAUCGGCGUAAAAAAGUAAAGUGAGGUAAACACGGUGUAAUGAAAUCCAAAGACAAGAGUGUAUUUGAGGUGAACUAUUUUGCCCUGGAAACAAUCUCGAAUAUUUGGAACGGGGAAAUCUAAUAUAAACCAAACAGUUAGUUGUAAAAAGUUAGUUAAUUCGAAACUACAUUCUGUACAUUAUAUUUUAAACAAGUGCAAUCAUCCAAAACGUAAGAAUGCAACCAUUCUUAACCAUUUUGCAACUGAGUUGAUUAUAGUAUUAUAGCAACUGAAAGCGAAUAAUAUUUAUACAUGAAAUGUGAUGUUUUAUUUAAUUUAUUAGUUGUAAGGCUCCUUUUGUUACGAUAAGUUUCAGUGAUGCAUGUAAACAUUUAUAUGCAAAAAAUCGUACGUCUUGCCAAGUUUUAAAUUUUUUCCAACCUUGUAUCUAUGAUAUUCGAUAUUUAUCAUUUGGUACUCAGGUCUUGCAUACCCCUCAACCGUGAAAGAAUUGAACUUGUUGAGCUUAUCGUAUGCAGGAACCAGAGAAGAUAGUUGUUCACAUUUUUUACUUGUAUUAUAAAUAGCAAUUUUAGUAGUUAAAAAAGACUGUUACCCGUUAUAUUAAAAAUGUUUUAGUCCGUACUUUUAAACGAUAAGUAAGGCUAAAAGUAUGAGAAAUGUUUUACACAUUUUGUGAUAUAUGCUAAAUGUUUGUUUCGUAAAUUUUUAUCAUUUUUCGUGCUUCGAGUUUUCAAUUUGCCUCCUUGCAACUUUUGGCCAAAAUUAUUAUACAUAUAAAAGGGGUACCUACUGACUUAAAUCUAGUUCUAAAUGAAUCUUUAUCAAGAGAGCCAUAUUUUCAUACAGUUUCAAUCAGUUCAAUGAUUUUUGCUUUCCAUUGCACUUACAGGGUAUUGAAAUUGCUCGAGUUCUAUUCAUUUCAAGAUUAAGAUUCAGCAGUGCCCUUUCGCAAAUAUAAAAUCGUCCGUUACUUGACACAAAUGAAAAAUAUGUACAAAGACAGUUACAAUGCUCCAUGUUACAAGCCCCCCAACACUUUCUAAGUUGUCCUUAAAAACUGCUCAUUUCUUGUCAAAUAACGGGCACGUUUUAUACACAUUGUUAUAGAUAAAUACGUACUAAGCAUAAGUUUUUUUAGAUGUAAAAACAUACUUUCUACUGUUUCCCCAAAGUUUUGUACAUAAUAUCACAAUCAAAAUAAUGAUAAUAGCACUAUCGAUUAAGCUAAUUAUUUUUAAAAAAUAUUGUAUAAUUUUAAUUUUGAAAUGAGUCUUUUUCCUUGAAUAGUCUAGUCUACCAAUAGAAAUGAGUUUGCUCUCGACAGGCCUGGAAAUGCAAAAUAUUAAAGCCAGUGAUUAACUUUUAAUUAUGACUAUUGAAGCAAUGGGCAUCAGUGUUACGAGCAUAAAAUAAUACCACGUUUACUUUGUAAUAAGCAACUAAAUAAAGACGGCCAGUAAAUGCAACCCUUCGAAUAACUAAACAAACAAAAUAUCGAAUAAAAUGUCGCAAAUCGGUUUUCAAGAUCUCAUUUUUAUAACGUAAUAACUUUUCGAAGCUUUAAUUUCCCCCAAAUAUUUGUAAAAUAGAUUAUAUACAUUUUCUUGAACAUAUCGUUAACGUUAAGUCCCAUAUUACCCUGAAACAAUGUUAUAUAGUUCGCCCAGUCCAAAAUAACAAAGAAUUUAUCAACUUUUUAUAAACAUAAAAAAAUCAGUCAAAUUAUUUUGGUUUACAAAUUUAGUUGAUUACGCCGGCACGAAAAAUCGAAAAUUGUGCAAUAUUACUUAGAAUUUAACUAAUCGUUUUUCGGAACUAACUGAACACACUUAAAAAAUUUGCCUCGAUGAUUUUCCAUGUUGAACAGUACGUUUCAUGUGUGUUCCAUAAAGUCUUUAAAAACAAAUUGUGUACCCUUUGUACUCAAGUAAAUUGUAAAAACUCAAAUACGUAAACUUUUGUCUUAACUGAGGCAUAUAUGUAGCAAAAAUAUGUAUAAAAAUGCACAUUUUUAAAGAAAUCCAUGUAGAGAUUUAGAGGAUAUAGUUUUCUCUUUUUUGGAGAAAAAAAUCUUUGUUAUCAACACGAUCCUUUAUGUACGUUUUAUUUCCGUUCAUAUGUAGCUUCCCAUUUUUCUGCCUGCAAAGUAUUAAUUUCCCACAGCAAAGUUAAUUAGUACUUACAGAGCGAAAUACGGAAGCAAAUGCGUGAAAAUCAAAAUGCUUACACCAAUAGAACAACAAUUGUAUUUAACUGUCUGGAAAUAUUUGGUACAAGCAAUUUGAGUUUCAAUCUCGAUAAAGUUGACAAUUUUUAAUGCUUAUGUUAACGCUGUUUCAUACUUGUCUAGAGAGUGUUAAGUCUUUAAGAUGCCUUGUUUUUAUUGAUGAUUUUUACCCCCAUGUACAUAAUUAUACCAUAUCAACAUUGAAAAUUUCUAAAUUAAAAUUUUUCUCUGUAUUUAAAAAAA